AUGGAAAAAAUCACGUCAAACUGCUCGCCACGGUGUUCAACAAGAAGCGCUACGAUUCACUACUUGAACCUGCAGCAGUGUCUGCGACACGGGCUUUGUCUGACGCGAAUACAUCGAGUGCUGCGGUUCUCGCAAUCGCCUUGGGUGCGCGGGUACAUCGAGCUCAAUACCCGAUUCUGCGCGAACGCCACCAACGAGUUUACAAAGGACCUUUACAAACUUAUGAACAACGCGGUGUUCGGCAAGAAAAUGGAGGACGUGCGCAAUCGCAGCGUGUUCGCUGAAGAUCUGGUGGCCAUAGAACUGCGUCGUCUGGAAGUUUUAUUCAACAAACCGUUGUACGUCGAUAUGUGCAUACUCGACAUAUCGAAGACCUGUCUUUACGAAUUCCAUUAUGAUUACAUGGCACCAUUGUACGGUGACGAUUGCAAGAUCCUCUACACCGAUACCGACAGUUUGAUAUACCACAUAAAGUGCGAGGACGUGUACGAGAAUAUGAAGCGCGAUAUCGCUCGCUUCGAUACCAGCGACUAUCCAGCGGACAAUCCGUACAACAUGCUUCGCGCGAACAAAAAAAUACCAGGGUAUAUGAAGGAUGAGAACAACGGUGCUGUUAUGACGGAGUUUGUGGGUUUGCGCACAAAGAUGUACGCGACUCGAGUGGGCAACAGCAAGUGCACAAAGAAGGUGAAGGGUGUAAAGAGAAGCGUCGUCGCAAGAACGAUCACCUUUGACGACUACGUGCAAUGUCUGCGGAACGCAUCGAACUGA